UUAAUGGUCUAGUUUAUAGUCUAUGUCCAGUGGUUAUUACUGAAGUAAGAAACCUGCGAUUUGGAAAUAGGAAUAACUAAUUUUUAGUGAUUGUUCAAUCAACACAUAACAGGAAAUAUGAUGAAUAGUAUCAGGAUAGUAAGAAGGCUUCCUCUUUGCCAAUGGAGAUCAUUCUCUAGAUGCACAGUUUUGAACCAAGAAGUAGCAGAAGCUAUAACCCCACUCACAGUACCUCCUCCUGAAGGAGUGGACAAACCAAUUUCACCAAAAAUUGAGAAAAUUGUGUCAGAAAUAACAAAUCUAAAUCUUCUUGAGGUGUCAGAGCUUAGUCAAGUGUUAAAAAGAAGGUUAAACCUCCCUGAUGCUCCUGUCAUGCCAGUUGGCGGGUUUGCUAUGGCGGCACCAGCAGCACAGGAAGAGGAGGAGGCGGCACCAAAGGCUGUCAAAACCAGCUACACUGUUAAAAUGACAAAGUUUGAUGACAAACAAAAGGUGGCACUAAUCAAAGAAGUAAAGAGUCUCUUAGAAGGAUAUAACCUGGUUCAGGCCAAGAAGUUUGUUGAAAGCGUACCUACCGUUGUAAAAGCGGACAUCUCUAAGGAUGAAGCUGAAAAACUAAAAGAAGCAUUGUCCAAAGUUGGAGCUGUCAUAGAAAUUGAUUAAUUUAGAUUUACAUAGCAUUAGUAUAAAAUUAGUUGUGUUAUUAUAAUUAAAUGCCUUAAAAUUA